AUGGCCGAUGUCGACAUGCCCGACGCUGGCCCAGCUGCGCCCGCAAAAACCAAGGCGAAUACAAAGACAGUCAAAGGUGGAGCAGCUGACACUGCAACUGAUGGCAGAAAGAGGUUUGAAGUCAAGAAGUGGAAUGCUGUUGCACUGUGGGCCUGGGAUAUCGUGGUUGACAACUGUGCCAUCUGUCGGAAUCAUAUCAUGGAUCUCUGCAUCGAGUGUCAGGCAAAUCAGGGCUCGGCCACCAACGAAGAGUGCACAGUCGCCUGGGGCAUCUGUAAUCACGCAUUCCAUUUUCAUUGCAUCUCCCGUUGGUUAAAGACUCGUCAAGUCUGCCCUCUCGACAAUCGUGAUUGGGAAUUCCAGAAAUAUGGCCGUUAA